AGACACGUGACUGCGUGCUUCGAGGUGAAGGACGGAGCGCGUCGAUCGCGUCACACAUUGCAACGGUUAACAACGACCUCCACUCCGAUUCAUCCACCAAACCAACUAAUCAAGGCUUCCAAAAUCUUUUCGGCGCAACUGACAAGCCAAUUCUUCUCGUCUGAGAUUUUAUUUACUUAUAUCAGCGAUGGCUCGUACGUCUCUGCGCAACAAGCAGGCAGUUAGUUACAACGAGCAUCCUGACGACGACGAGAUGCUCCCGGUGACUAAGGCUGUAGCGGCUGCGAGUAAGGUCAUUGAGAAGACUAAGGGUGUAGUUUCAAAGACCAUAACCGCAAAGGCUGUAUCUGUGAAGACAGUUACGAAGCGAAAAGCCUCGCCCGAACCUGAGACAGCCUCGCCAGCUCCAACGGCAAAGACAACCAAGAAGCGCAAGACAAAGGCAAAGGAGGAAAAUGCGAGACCCUUGGCAGGUAGAACGGACGUAUCGUCACUUAAACCUUCUAUGAAUAUAGGCGCUCACGUCAGUGCCGCAGGAGGAGUACAGAAUUCCGUCACAAACGCCGUCCACAUCGGCGCAAACGCUUUUGCACUUUUCCUUAAGUCGCAGAGAAAGUGGACGAACCCGCCUCUUGAUCAUGAAGCUAAGAAUCAAUUCAUCUCGAUGUGUAAAGAACACAGCUAUAGCGCAGGCGAACACGCCCUUCCCCACGGCUCAUAUCUCGUCAAUCUGGCGCAGGCUGACAAGGACAAGGCGAACCAAGCAUACAUAUCCUUUAUUGAUGACCUAGAACGUUGCGAGCAGUUGGGGAUUCGCUUGUACAACUUCCAUCCUGGAUCAACCGGCGGAGAUGCCAGGCCAGCAGCCAUUGCACGUAUUGCCGCGCAACUUAACAAGUCACACAAGGCUACCAAGACGGUGAUUACAGUUCUAGAAAAUAUGGCCGGCAGUGGAAAUGUCAUUGGAUCAACGUGGGAGGAUUUGAGGGACAUCAUUGCCCUGGUUGAGGAUAAAUCUAGAGUUGGUGUUUGCAUUGACACGUGCCAUGCCUUUGCGGCUGGCUACGACCUAAGAACACCAGAGGCUUUCAAGAAGACUGUCGACUCUUUCAACGACAUUGUCGGUCACAAAUAUCUCAAGGCCUUCCACUUGAACGACAGCAAAGCCCCCUUCAACUCCAACAGAGAUCUCCACGCCAACAUCGGCACGGGCUUUCUCGGUCUCCGCGCCUUUCAUUGCGUCAUGAACCAUGCGCCUUUUGCGGGUAUGCCCAUGGUGCUUGAGACACCCAUUGAUCGGCCGGGUGCUGACGGCAAAUCUGUCGAGGACAAGAAGGUCUGGGCUACCGAGAUCAAGCUCUUGGAGCGGCUUGUUGGCAUGGAUGCCGAGACUGAAGAGUUCAAAGACCUUGCAACAGAGUUGCAGGCCCAGGGAGAGUCAGAAAGGAACAAGAUACAGGAUCAGGUUGAUCGUAAAAUGGCCAAAGAUGCCAAGAAGGGGACUAAGAAGGGCGGAAAACGGAAGAAGAAGGAUGAUUCUGAUGAUGAGAGCGAGUAGAUGUCUUCAAUUGGUUACUGUAGUAUAUGCAGCGAGCUUGGACGAGGAAAGGAACAAGGAACGGACGGUUGGGUGCAAUGUAAUAUUAUAGGAUUGUCUGUAUUCAUACCACAGGGCUAUCUAGCCUGAAGCUUGAAAUAGUUAUGUAUCCUGUUAAAUUAUAGAGGUCACUCACUGCUCACG